CAAAAAUCAAAUUUUGACUCCAUUUUCUCUCUGGAAAAGCUUUUUUUUUUUUUGUUCUCUUUUGGUUGGCCGACGUCGUAUGAUCUCUCCUUCCUCGUGGCGAACGCGACAAUUCAGAGUCUUCAUGGUCUGUAGUUCCAGUUGGAGGCCCUCAAUCCAAUACCCGCCGCUCAAGUGCGUUCCCUACAAUUCGUGCGGUUAUUAAGGAUUUCUCGCCGAUUACCCUCUGUCAGUACGAUGCAAUCAGGAUAUGACAUUAAUCAUCUGGCUCGAGAAGCUCAAACUCGGUGGCUAAAGCCAGUUGAAGUGUAUUUCAUACUACAGAAUUCUGAGGAACACCAGCUUACACAUCAAAUCCCUCAAAAACCUGCAAGUGGAUCUCUUUUUCUGUUUAACAAGCGUGUGCUAAAAUUUUUUCGUAAGGAUGGUCAUAGUUGGCGUAGGAGAAAGGAUCAGAGAACUAUUGCUGAAGCUCAUGAACGGCUGAAGGUAGGGAAUGUUGAAGCCAUAAACUGUUAUUACGCCCAUGGAGAGAAUAACUCUAACUUUCAAAGGCGCAGCUACUGGAUGUUGGAUCCGGCAUACGAGCAUAUUGUUCUUGUUCACUACAGAGAUAUUAGCAAGGGGAGGGAGAAUAAUGGAUCAACACCUCAGUUCUCUACAUUUUCAUCUCCUACCUUCAGUCUCACUCCCAACUCUUUUGCAACUGACCAGCCAGAAUCCUCUGUUGUUAUCGGCGAAUCUCGUGAGCUGUACCACAAUGAAUCAAGUCCAAGCUCUGUGGAAAUAACUUCUGGUCAACUCAUCAUGAACAGUAGCAUAAACCCGUCCGAUUAUAAAAAUAGAACUGAUGAGGUCAGUAGCACAUCACUUCAAGAUUUAAGUCAGGCGUUAAGAAGACUCGAGCAGCAAUUGAGUUUAAAUGAUGACGAGACAAAAAAAUAUGAUACAUUCUUCAUCGAGAAUGAGGAGUCAAAUGAUCUAGAAGACGUGCUACGGGAUUAUGAAUUCUCUGGCCAGCCACCAAAUGGUCCAAAAGAUGAUGGAGACAUUUGGGAAGAGAUGCUACAUAGCUCGAAGGAUUUUGCAAAUGAUAAUUUGCAAGAACAAUUUGGAAGAGCAGAUGAUCCUUCCCUAUUUAUCCAAGAAACAGAUUCACUUGAAUAUCCUGCGUAUACUCCUGGCCCGCAUUCUUACGAAAACACUCCAGACUCCUACUCAUUGUUAUUCAAGCAAGACGGGUUGGAAAUUCCUCUUGAAAACAAUAUAAGUUUGACCAUUUCUCAAAAGCAGAAGUUCACUAUUCGUGAGAUAUCUCCAGAGUGGUGUUAUACCUCUGAGGGUGCUAAGAUAUUCAUUAUAGGAUCUUUCCUAUGCGACCCAUCAGAGUCUUCAUGGGCCUGCAUGGUUGGGGACACUCAAGUCCUGGCACAGGUGAUUCAGGAAGGAGUCCUCUGCUGCCAUGCGCCACCUCACCUGCACGGAAAAGUCAACAUCUGUAUUACAUGUGGGAAUCGGGAAUCCUGCAGUGAAGUAAGGGAGUUUGAAUAUCGCCCUAAACCGAAUCUUACUUCUCAACCACCCGAAACAGAUGCUGCUAAUAAAAGCUCUGAAGAACUCUUGUUGCUAGUACGACUCGUGCAGAUGCUACUACUAUCCAAUAAUACCCUUCAAACAGAAGAUGCCUCGGAAUCAAGAAUCAAUUUGUUUGGGAAAUCGAGAAAUUCGGAGGACUCGUGGAGCCAUAUAAUCGAUUCUCUCUUAGUUGGCAGCCCUUCAACAUGGAAAACCCUUGAUUGGCUCGUGCAGGAACUUGUCAAGGAGAAGCUGGAAGUGUGGGUGUCGUCCAAGCUACAAAAGAGUGGCAACAAAGGAUGUUGCUCAUUGUCAAAGAAAGAACAAGGUAUAAUACACAUGGUUGCUGGGUUGGGAUUUGAAUGGGCCCUCCAGCCGAUACUGAAUUCUGGGGUGAGCAUUAAUUUUCGUGACAUUAAUGGAUGGACUGCUCUGCAUUGGGCUGCACGGUUCGGGAGACUUCCCUCUCUGAUUGCAUCGGGCGCAUCCGCUGGAGCCGUGACAGAUCCCAACUCGCAAGACCCCACCGGAAAAACUCCGGCGUCAAUUGCGGCCACCUGCGGCCACAGGGGACUUGCCGGAUACCUCUCGGAAGUGGCUCUCACCACCCACCUCUCAUCUCUAACCCUAGCCGAGAGUGAGCUUUCCAAAGGAGCGGCCGCUAUUGAUGCAGAGAGAGCAGUAGUCAACAGUCUAUCAAAGUCAGCAGCGAAUGAGGAGGAGGAGGAGCACGACUCCCUCAGGCACACACUUGCCGCCGUUCGUAACGCCGCCCAAGCGGCCGCACGCAUACAGUCAGCUUUCCGGGCCCACUCGUUCCGUAAGAGGCAGCAGAGGGAGGCUGCCACAGACGAUGAUGACUUCUCCUCCUCCAUCAUAGCCAACGGUGCAUCCAAGCUGGCAUUUCGCAAUUCAAACUCGGCUGCAUUGUCCAUUCAGAAGAAGUACAGAGGGUGGAAGGGACGCAAAGACUUCCUUGCUUUGCGUCAGAAAGUCGUCAAGAUACAGGCUCAUGUAAGGGGAUACCAAGUGAGGAAGAAUUACAAGGUGUGUUGGGCGGUGGGUAUACUGGAGAAGGUUAUACUGAGGUGGCGUAGGCAUGGAGUUGGCUUACGUGGGUUUCGACUGGACUCAGAGCAAAUUGACGAUGAUGACGAGGAGGACAUACUCAAAGUGUUCCGCAAGCAGAAAGUGGAUGAUGCCAUUGACGAGGCUGUCUCUAGAGUGCUGUCUAUGGUCGACUCUCCUACUGCUCGCCACCAGUAUCAUCGCCUUCUUCUCAAAUAUCGCCAAGCUAAGGCGGAGCUGGAGACAUCAGACCCUGAUAUGGCAUCAUCAUCAUCAUCUUCUCAACGUGACAUUACUUCUUCUUCUUCUUCUUCUUACCUUAUGGGGAACGAUGAGAUUUAUUAACGAUGAGAUUUAUUAGUGUCUAGUUCUGUUAAUUUCAUUGCUGUGUAGAAAAAGAGGUCCUUUUUUUUUCCAAGUCAAAGACACAAUUUAUCAUCGUAGUAGCUGUGCUUAAACAGUUGGUAUUUUAGUUUUGAUGGCUAAUAAGCAGAAAAGUACAUAGUCCAGUGGUAGCGAUGCUAAAAGAUUUAUUUGAAGGGACAGCCACAAAGGCAUGUUUUGACAUUGAACUAUUCUCAAGUCGAAAAAGAAAGUUUGUGUUUGAAAUCUGGUUCUCCAAAAUCAUGACAGAUAAAUUUGCUGGUGGACAUUAUAGAUUUGUUAUAAGCAAGCUCUAAUUGCAUUUCAUUACACACAAAAAGCAUCAAAUCCAGGACAUAAAUAAUGCUACUUCACCACAAAAAGAAACAACUCUCAAAUCAAGUCUCAACCACAUGUCAUAACCAAACUCCAAACACAUUCUUCCAAUCUCUGUAAGGAGAGAGAGAGAGAGAGAGAGA